AUGGGUACGUCUGCUGGGUUCCCGCUAUUCACUGCCGUCGCUCUGGUCUGCCGCGAGUGUUUACCGUCCCGGCGCGGUGAUCUUCCUCAUGUUGCUCGCAGCAUCGACGAGUUCGUGGACGUUGUCUCGCUCCAGUGGACAGUGGCUACGGGCUACGCGCACACGCCAAGUCUGCGCCUGGUAAAGUUUCUGAGUGCGCGAGAGCAAGCCAACAUGGAUACAAGCUACAAGUGGUCCAUUCUCAAUGACGCAGCGGCAUCGGCUGCUGCGCAAGGAGACUUGGAGACGUUAAAAUGGCUCGCGGAGUACUAUUGUCCUAACCGCUUCCUUACCAAGACAGUCAGUGCAGCAGCAGCUGGAGGACACCUGGGCAUCUUGAAAUGGCUACAUUCCCACCACCGGGAUCUCGGAUAUUGGGGCGGCAUGGAGAUGGGUGGAGCGAUCUGGAAGCAGGAUGUUGAAGCUGUAGAGUGGCUGAAAGCUAAUGCCGCACCCCAUCAAGAGUGCGCUGCCAAGUUGAUGCUCGUGGCUGCGGCGCAAGGAGAUCAGGGCCUGGUGGAAUGGAUACACAGGUUGUAUGGAGUCAGUGCUGACGGCGCCAAGAGGACGGCGCAGGACAAGUAUCACUGGGAGUUAGCACAGUGGGUUGUCAUGAAUUGUGAGCUGGAGGAUCGCUCCGUGAACUUCGAUCGCGCUGCAGGAGAUGGUUGCCUGUGGUUUUUGAAGUGGGCGGUGCAAGAUGGGUACGCUCGGCCAGGAGAUCGAACGGUGGGGGUAGCAGCCGAUCACGGUCGAAUGGAGAUCGUGCAGUGGUUGCAUGACGACUUGGGUGAGCGUCGUAUGGGUGCUGCGUUUGAGAAGGCUGCCCAGAACGGAGAUCUGGCGAUGUUGAAAUGGCUACAUGAAAAUAACUGUCAAGGUUGCACUACUGCAGCAAUGGAUGGCGCUGCGAGGAAGGGUUUCCUGGAAGUGGUGCAAUGGUUGCACUCCAAUCGAAGUGAAGGCUGCACAAAAGCCGCCAUGGAUCGAGCAGCGCAGAACGGGCACUUGGACGUGGUGUCAUGGCUACACGAAGAUCGCACGGAGGGAUGUACUACUCAAACCAUGGACAAAGCUGCGAGCUUUGGGUUUCUGGAAAUUGUGCAAUGGCUACACGUUCAUCGUAGUGAAGGAUGCACUUUUGCAGCGAUGGAUAGUGCUGCGGAGAGUGGCCAUUUGGAUGUAGUCAAGUGGCUGAGUGCGAACAGAACGGAGAAUUGCACGACGACCGCGAUGGAUACAUCUGCAGCCAGAGGCAACCUUGAGAUGGUAAGAUGGCUACACUACAACCGGACUGAAGGCUGCUCUGUUGCUGCCAUGGAUCGAGCAGCAGCGAAUGGACACCUUGACGUCGUCAAGUUUCUCCACGAGAACCGAAGAGAGGGCUGUACCAACGCAGCAAUGCAUCGCGCUGCCGUCGGUGGCUUCCUAGAAGUGGUGAAAUAUCUUCAUGAAACCCGAAGCGAAGGAUGCACAGCUGCGACGAUCGACAUGGCUGCAUCUCGAGGCCAACUGGAGGUUGUAAAGUUCCUACACAUAAAUCGAAAUGAAGGAUGCAGCACCGAAGCGAUGGAUUCAGCAGCAGGGAGGGGUUAUCUCGACGUUGUGAAGUUUUUACACUAUGAACGUACGGAAGGCUGCACGACGCGCGCAAUGGAUAGCGCGUGCAGCGCCGGCCAUCUCGAAGUUGUCCGAUGGCUUCACACACAUCGAAGCGAGGGCUGCAGCCCCGCGGCAAUCAAAGACGCUGUGUCUCGCGGCAACUUUGAGAUUGUCAUGUUUCUGUAUGCAGAGCGGCCACAAGACUUUCGGUUUCCUUCAGCGUGCAUCUUGUCGACUUCUCGCCUGGAAAUCAUGGAGUGGCUGCUUCUCCACUGCCAGCAUGAGCUCGGAGGCUGCGAGUUUCUAGCAGAUCGAUCAAAUUGGCAUUUCAACGAGUGGCUUCGAGCGAGAGGGUUCCGCUUUGUCAGUCAGAGUGAUUCCUUGGUUUGCUGGAAGUGGCGGGUCACGAGUGGUGGUGCUGCCUAG